CAUUCGAAGGAAUUUACGAAUUCGACGAAGAAACGGCCAUGAAGAAAAUCCGCAAGUUGCUGGACAAGAAAGCAGAUAAGAAGGGCGAACCCAUAGCAUUGGGUGGUUCUAGUGAAUUGAAGGAUUUGUUGCAUAUUUUGAACUCGAUUCGAAUCGAUGAGCUGGCCGAAACGCAGAAAACCAUUAUCGUUGCAGUGGGAAUAUUGGUCUUCACUGACGUGAUGGACUGUGACGAUUCCGAUGUGGUCACUUUGCACGGAAACAUCAUCAACAAACAACUUACCUUCGGAAUGGUUCCGAAUCUGCUGAAAUUCCUCAACAUCGACACAUUGAUCAGAAUUUUCGGCCAAUCAUCCCCAGUCAUGGUGGCGUUCAUCCGCCAAACGGUGACCUAUCUAACCAGUGAAGCUUUCGACAGUCUCCGGACAACUUUGGCUCAAUUCCUGGAACAAAGCGACGAACGGGUUGAACUGGUGCUGACCAUUUUCUUCUAUCUGCAAAAGAGCAACGCCAACCGACUGAAGCUGAUACCGGCGGAACAGGUGAGCGACCUUCUGGCCGAGUAUGUGGACGCUAUCGAGUCGUUCAUUGGUGGAAAGUCUGCCAAAAAGGUGAGAAAAUCGGAUGUAGCACUGUUCAACCACCUGCUGAAGGGAUGUUCGCUGAUCAUCCACUACAAGGCCGCGAACAAAAAGGAGCUGACGGAGGAAUUGCGAGAGGUGUUCCUGCAAUUUGUGGACCAGGCGCUCAAAGUCGACAGCCUAUCGUCGAGCACGCUGCUAACGAAUGCUCUCCAGCACAAAAACUUUCUCAAACUGGACCCUGAACGGAUCGAACUGGUGGUGGAAAAUCGCUGGGCCAGUUUCCUGUCCCAACUGCGAGCCGAAUAUGCGCCAGAUUUCAAUUCCACCGAUGAUCCGGACGUAGAUGCCGCCCACAUGCAAUCGAAGAACGUUAAAGUUUUUGCCAGCUUUCUCACGCACCACCAAACGUACGAGAAAUUGGCCACACGUUUCGAACAACUUAAAAAGGAAGCUACCGCCGAUCGAAGCUAUCGCACCAAACAGUUUGUGCUGCGGGUUUAUUCCAUUUUUGCGAAGAACGCUUUUGCUUCCGGGGUGAACCAGGACGUAGAAAAAGUCUUCGUGAGGUCUUUUGGAAAGGUGGUGGCCGAGGAGGUCGUACCGCUGUGCGUGUUGAAGAAGUUCUUCGACGAUCGGAGCUGUCUAGAGGAAAUCCUGAGCUGCUUCGCUGCAGUCGUUUCCAAUCCUAAGCUCACCCUGGUCCCAUCGAUUAUGGACCACAUGCUAGAAUUCCUGAGCAGUAUCAACAUCAAGAAGUACGCCGUCAAAGACGGAGAGGAGAAAGCGUUCUACCAGCUUCAUCGGCUAAUCAGCGACGUGCUCUACUUGAUGAUGAUCAUCCGGCCCAAUUACGUGGCACAUCGCCUCCCGCAGUACUUUUACGUCUUCAACGGAUUGAUCGCAUCGGUUAUUUCCUACAAAGAAGAUCGCCCCAUAGACAAGCCAUUGAACAGUUUUGAAAUCCUGACGUUGUCCGAUCUGUUGCUGCCUCUGGAAAAGAUAAUGAGUCACGCGGCCAAGAAGGUCGCCAAGGACCUUCGCAUCAUGGCACCGUACGUGCUGGCGCAGAUCAUCAAUUUCAUUAUCCAGAGCAAACGACCAACGACGCUACACGAGAAGAUCGCUCAAACCGUGUACAACGUUUGCUACGGGUUGAUCGAGAUGUACGACAAGCAUUCGGCCAGCUAUCUGCUGCGGACAUGUGACGAAGCGUCCAAAAAUGUGUACACCGAGAUCGUCAAAGGGUUCCGGAAGUACAGAUCUUUCAAGGGCAAGAUCUAGACAGGUGAGCUGUUACUGAUUAUAAAUGUAGAUAGAUUAUAUGUUCUUUUUUCGGAUUAUA